UUGGAUGCGGUCAAAGUCAUAAGUAAUCCAUAUUUAAGAAUCGAUGACUCAUACCCUAAAUCUGGGCUGGAACGAUUUCGCGAUUACAUCGGACGGACCUGCUGCUCAUGCUUCUUGAAGUUACCUGUUGUGGUGAUAGUAAUCGCUAUAUGUAUCCUCGUCGCACUUCUUUUGGCUCUCAUUCCGGCGGUUGUGAUUUUAACGAGUGCCGUUGAAAGUGAAGCUCAACGGCAAGUUUCUGAAGGGGUAGAUAUGCAGAUUAUUCGGAACUCUCAUAUAUUCCCAAAACCCGAUCCGUUAGAUGAUGAAGACGAUAUACUGGAUGGGUUACGGCGCAGCGGUAUCACCACGGUACACGGAAUCCCGUCGACAGCUCUAUUCCCCCCGAAUGUCUCAUUAUGUGAAGGAUUCGGUUUUGCAUGCACAAUUCAGCCGAGUACAGUUAUCAGCACAGCCCUACGCUGCGACGGGAAGAGUGACUGUCCGGAUGGAUCGGAUGAGCUGAAUUGUAAAGAGUGCCAAUCUGCAUUCUCAUGCUCGAUUUCAAAGAAAUCUAAGGUGAAGGUCUGCCUGCGAGCCGAGCAGCUUUGUGAUGGCAUUGCUCAUUGCCCGGAUGAGUACGACGAGCACGAACACUGCAAGGAGGAAUGUGGUGAGAAUGAGUUGAAAUGUCCUUCGACGACUCUUUGCCUUCCACCAGAGUCCAUUUGUGACGGUGUUGUGGAUUGUGAUACUGAAGACGAUGAGACUAAUUGCAAAAAGUGCAAGCGUGGAGCCCAGGUGACUAUGAAAUUUCAUAAAUUGUGUAAGCCAACAAAUCGUUGCAUACCGCCUGGCCAGUUAUGUGAUGGUAUCCCACAGUGUCCUGAUGGAUCAGACGAGAAGGUGGGAUCCAUAGUGAUGGACGUGUUUCAUUCCCAGAUUUUGACUUCGGCAUUUGAGGACUGUGAUUGUCGUUCAUGCUGUGGGUCAGGAAAAGCCCUCUGCUCUGAUGGCACCUGCUUAGAACGUUCAAGGGUAUGUGACGGUGUAGUGGACUGUAGUGAUGGCGUUGAUGAGGAAGAUUGUCCAGGAACAUGUAUCUUGAGCAAAAAUGCUAAGAUCCCCCAAGUGGUCUGCGCCGAUGGGCGACGGUAUCCGAGAGCCGAGGCUUGCUCGGGUGUCAUUGAGCAGUGUGCGUACAACUGCACAGAGUGCGACAAACAAUUAGCAUUUACUUGUAAGGAUAAAAAAUGCAUACCCCAGAUGCUGGUCUGCGACGGAAUAGACGACUGUUUGGAUGGUGAAGACGAAAAUGACUGCAGCUGCACGGGCUUAAAUAAAUUUGAGUGCCGUUCGGCAUCAGGUAAACCUAAAUGCAUCUCCAAACAAAAGGUAUGUGACGGUGUAUGGGACUGCAUGGAUGGAAAAGACGAGACCAACUGUAAUUCGGUAAGGAUCUUCGCUUCAUCCUAUACCUUGGGCCAUUUUAUUGAUUCUUCCAGUGUCCUUCCAAUGCUCUUCGUUGCCCUGGGUUUGAAUAAAUUUGAGUGCCGUUCGGCAUCAGGUAAACCAAAAUGCAUCUCCAAACAAAAGGUAUGUGACGGUGUAUGGGACUGUAUGGAUGGAAAAGACGAGACCAAUUGUAAUUCGUGUCCUUCCAAUGCUCUUCGUUGCCCUGGUGAGGGAACAUGUAUACCCAAGCUCUCACGAUGUGAUGGUAUAGCAGAUUGCCGGGACGGCUCUGAUGAGACCGAUUGCACAUGUGAAGGUGAGGCUGGGCCCGCAGACUUUUUUGGAUCUCUGAGAGGCUUCCGAAAUCUCAGGAAUGCUUUGAACAGGUCCCUCUGGCUCUGUUUAUCGAUUGGAUAUGCGUCGCGCUGCCGCGACGCUCCCAAAUCUAUAAAGGCCUUCCUUAAUUAA